CCCCUGUUUUUCAUUCACUCUUCCAUAACCAUUUUUCUCUUCUUCUAACCUUCAAAACGGUGUCGUAUUAACACCACCUUUCAUUCAAAAAAUAACUUCAAUGAAGUUAUUUUUCUUUCUUCUUUGCUUUCAUUUUUUCUUCAGCUCAGUAUUUUCACUCUCAUCAGAUGGUCUUGCCCUUCUCUCUCUAAAAGCUGCCGUCGAUCAAUCCAUCGACGGCGCUUUCUCCGACUGGAACGGAGGAGAUUCCUACCCCUGCGGAUGGUCAGGAAUAUCCUGUGCGAAUAUAUCCGGUGUACCGGAGCCGCGUGUAGUUGGAAUUGCACUCGCCGGAAAAUCUCUCCAGGGAUACAUUCCGUCUGAGCUCGGCAUGCUUCGCUAUCUUCGACGUCUUAAUCUUCAUGAUAAUGAAUUCUAUGGUGUUGUUCCGGUUCAGUUGUUUAAUGCUACUGCACUUCAUAGUAUUUUUCUUCACCGGAAUAAUCUCUCCGGUCCGUUUCCGGCUUCUGUCUGCACCGUUCCACGACUCCAGAAUCUCGACCUCUCCGAUAAUUCUUUCUCUGGUGAUAUUCCGAAUGAUAUCCAGAAAUGUAGGCAGCUUCAGAGGCUUAUUUUAGCAAGGAACAAAUUCUCCGGUGAGGUUCCGACCGGAGUUUGGUCGGAACUCGAUACUCUUGUCCAGCUUGACCUCUCCGGUAACGAUUUCAAAGGUUCGAUCCCAGACGACAUUGGUGACCUCGGUUCCCUCUCCGGCACGUUGAACCUAUCGUUCAACCAUUUCUCCGGUAGGAUUCCGAGCUCACUCGGGAAAUUACCGCCAACCGUGAACUUUGAUCUCCGAAGCAAUAACCUAGUUGGUGAGAUUCCCCAAACGGGAACAUUUUCAAACCAGGGCCCAACUGCUUUUCUCGGUAACAAAAACCUGUGCGGACUUCCACUAAGAAAAUCCUGCACAGGUUCAGACCGAGGGUCAUCUAGUUCGUCUUCUCACAGAAACGAAUCAGAUAACCGUUCGAAAGGGUUGAGCCCUGGUUUGAUUAUUUUGAUCUCGGCAGCAGAUGUUGCUGGGGUCGCACUCGUUGGGCUUGUGAUUGUGUAUGUUUAUUGGAAGAAGAAGGAUGGUCACAAUGUAUGGUGUUGCAUAAGGAAGAGAAUAGGAUUUGGCAAUGAUAAUGAGGAUGAGAAAGGUAGUGCUUGUACUUUGCUUCCAUGUAUAAAUAGUUUGAAGAAUGAGGAAGGUAAUGAUGAGAGUGAAGUAGAUGUAGAUGGAGGAGGGAAAGGAGAAGGUGAAUUGGUGACAAUUGACAAAGGUUUUAGGAUUGAGCUUGAUGAGCUUUUGAAGGCAUCAGCAUAUGUGUUAGGGAAGAGUGCAUUAGGGAUUGUGUAUAAGGUGGUGCUUGGAAAUGGGAUGCCGGUGGCGGUGAGGAGAUUAGGGGAGGGUGGAGAAGAGAAGUAUAAGGAGUUUGUAGCUGAGGUGCAAACCAUUGGGAAGGUUAAGCAUCCUAAUAUUGUGAGGUUGAGAGCUUAUUAUUGGGCACAUGAUGAAAAGCUUCUUAUAAGUGAUUUUAUUUCCAAUGGCAAUUUGAACAAUGCACUUCGAGGGAGAAAUGGCCAACCAUCUACAAACCUUUCAUGGUCAACAAGGUUAAGAAUUGCAAAAGGAAUAGCAAGAGGCUUAUCCUAUCUUCAUGAGUUUAGUCCUAGAAAAUUUGUCCAUGGUGACAUAAAACCCACAAACAUCUUACUUGACAACGACUUAGAACCCUACAUUUCCGAUUUUGGACUUAACCGACUAAUCAGCAUCACUGGAAAUAGCCCUUCAACUGGUGGAUUCAUGGGUGGAGCUCUACCUUACAUGAUGAAAUCAUCACACAAAGAUAGUAGGUUUUCAUCAGACAACGGUCGUGGUAACAAUUACAAAGCCCCUGAGGCUCGCGUACCUGGUUGUAGACCAACACAGAAAUGGGAUGUAUACUCAUUAGGUGUUGUUUUGCUUGAAUUGUUAACCGGUAAAUCUACUGAAUCUUCUCCCACAUCGGCGUCAUCAUCGGCUUCUGUUGAAGUUUCAGAUUUGGUAAGGUGGGUGAGAAAUGGGUUCGAUCAAGAAAGUCCAUUAUCUGAAAUGGUUGAUCCAUCUUUGCUACAAGAAGUUCGUGCUAAGAAAGAGGUAUUGGCUGUGUUUCAUGUAGCACUUUCAUGUACUGAAGGUGAUCCUGAAGUUAGGCCUAGAAUGAAAACUGUCUUUGAAAACCUUGAAAAGAUUGGAAGGUAAUAUCUGCAAGAAAUGUUAUGGGAUGUUAUGAAUGUGUGCUAGCUCAAAUUAAGUGUAUGUUUGGAUUAAUGGUAAAUUUAUCAGAACCAAGAUGUGCCACCAAAAUUUCGCCUAAAUUAGAAGCUCAGUAAAUUCACCCUGCUACCGCCAUGUUGUGAAAUUCACCGCCUAUUCCAAUAUGCACUAAGAUUAUCUUGAUACAGAAGAAAAGAAGCUUCAAUUUGAACAACAUUUUUAUGGUAAUUCACACUCAGAAGAUUUUAUGCUAGGCAAAGAUAUGAGGCUGCAAUGCAAAUCUCUACUUUCUAUCAUUGGAUUAAUUUAGCGCCUUAACUUGUGUUUUGUAAGUCAUGUAAAUUUUGAAGAGCUGUAAUUAUCUCGGUUUCAAUUUGAUUCAUUCCAACCACAUUUUAAUUUUGUUUGGUGAAAUAUCAGCAAAAUCACUAGAUAUUAUGUUAUUUAAAAUUUGUGUCUCGUCUCA